CGCCGGGCCCCGGCGAUGGUUUUUAUAGUGAAGGGCGCGCGCGGCGGUGCUGAGGUCCUUCUUGUUCUGUCUGCUCGGAGAUUUUCGGACAUUUUUUUCCCCGGAUUCCGUUGGGAUCUCUCUCAUAGGGCUAGCGUUUGGGGCUUUUCCUGCUGCAGGAAAGCCAUGGCGGAGCACGAGGAGGGCACCAGUUCGGUGAUCGGAAGCGUGAUGGAGAAGAUAGAGGAGAAACUGCACCACCACGACUCGUCGUCGUCCUCCGAUUCUGACGAUGACAAGAAGAAGCCAUCCGUCCAGUCCGCUGUUUACCGGCUGUUCGGGAGGCAGCAGCCCGUACACAAGGUGCUCGGUGGGGGAAAGCCUGCUGAUAUUUUCCUUUGGAGAAAUAAGAAGAUCUCAGCUGGCAUUCUCGGUGGAGUUACUCUGAUCUGGCUUCUUUUUGAAUGGCUUGGAUAUCAUCUGCUCACCCUUGUUUGCCACUGUCUCAUACUCACGCUGGCAAUUUUGUUUCUCUGGUCCAAUGCAACUUCAUUCAUCAAUAAGGCUCCACCACAGAUCCCACAAGUUCAUAUCCCAGAGGAUGUUGUUGUCAACAUUGCCCUUGGUCUGAGAUUUGAACUAAACCGGGCAUUCACUCUUCUACGUGAAGUGGCUUUAGGACGUGAUCUUAAGAAAUUUCUUGGUGUGAUUGCUGGCCUAUGGGUUCUCUCUGUUGUUGGGAGUUGGUGCAACUUCCUUACUCUGUUCUACACAGCUUUCGUGACGUUGCACACUGUACCAGUAUUUUACGAGAAAUAUGAAGAUCAGAUUGAUUCUGCAGCGAAGAAGGCUGGAAUUGAAAUCAAGAAGCAAUAUGCUGUCUUUGAUGCUAAAGUACUUAGUAAAAUCCCCAAGGGGCCAUUGAAAGAAAAGAAAUUCUAAGAAAGCGAUGCGGCUUUUAGCGCUUGACUGCUGGAUGGUGUUUGCGCUUUUCAGGGGUUCCUCUACUCUUCACAGUUACUUUAACUGCUGCAUGGCCUGCCGAGCUAUCCCAAAUUGUUAUAUAUGCGGGAUGGUCUGUUAUCAGUUGCUUCUCUGUUGGCUUUAUUUUUAAGAUUGGUGUAACCAUGGAUUUAUGUAGGAUCUUCAUGGGUGGUAACGUGUUACCAAACAUCAUGUCCUCUGGAUCCGUGUUCAUGCUUUUGUUCAUGUUUGUUUGACAGAACGUUGUCGAUCUAUUUAUGUUCAUUGCAUGCUCA